AUGGCGAAUUCCUUAUUCCCCUUCUCCUCAAUCAAUUUCAGUGAUAAUCAAGGGAGAUCUGAUCAUCUUACUUGGCGUGAUGAUCAGGAAGACACUUUCACUGCAACAGAGCAAGGCUGGAGAGAGGGUGAUUUUUUUCCUUCUACUAGUGAUGACUUUCAUCCAGAGAAAACGGCCGAGGAAGUAUUAUUUGACAUCUCCUAUGAUCAUCAACAACCCAUUUGGGAUUUCAGGAUGCAAGGCAACUUGCACCUCAGUGGCACGCCCCUGCCACUUCAACCAAUUCCGGAAGACAUGGAGCAGGAGACUGGUAACAGGUCCAAAUUUAUAGAAAUUGGCGAGCUGAACAUGGAAGGGUCGGGAUCUCCAUUUCCCAUGCACCCUUUCAAGCUGCUCAGCAACUAUGCAAGCAGUACCAGCAUGGCAAGAGAGGAGAAUAUUGUCAGCAAUGUAACGAGCAUCACUCGUGUUGAUGGCAGGAAAUUAUCAACUGAAGAAAUUGUGAGGUUGGCCGGAGAAAGGUAUGUUGAGUUUUCAACUCGAGCUGAUGGCGGUUUCUACCCUUUCAUUCAUCCAUAUGGUUGUGAUCUCUUGGGUGUAUCCAUGGAGGAAAAUCAAGAUAUAGAGCUUGUCCAACAGCUCUUAUCUGCAGCAGAGAAGGUAGGCUACCGGCAAUUUGGCUGCGCAAGCAGGUUGCUUGCUGGUUGUGAACUGGCUUCUGAUAGAGGUAGUCCAGUCAAGAGAAUUGUGUUCUACUUUGCUGAAGCUCUUCAAGAGAGGAUUGACAGAGAAACGGGAAAAUAUGCAACUAAAGGAACAGAAAAGCAAGGAGAAUAUGCAAUGAGACUGGCAUCAGCUUCCAGCCUCGAAUUCUUAGCAUACCACCAAGAAAUACCAUUCGUGAAAGCAAUUCAAUAUGCAGGAGUGCAGGCAAUAUUAGAGAAUGUUGCGUCAGCAACAACGAUCCAUUUGAUUGAUCUCCAAAUCAAGAGCGGAAUUCAAUGGAUAAUUUUGAUGCAAGCUCUGGCAGAUCGAGAAGACAGGCCGAUUAAGCUUCUUAGGAUAACUGCUCUUGGAACAACAAACAAGGAGGACCUUGAGAGAACGUGCAUCAGACUGUUAGGAUUCGCGGAGUCCUUAAAUUUGCCCUUCUCGUUCAAGAUAGUUUUGCUUUCAGACAUGAAAGAUAUCAAGGCAGAGCAAAUAGAAAUUGGAGCCGAUGAAACAGUGGCCGUUUAUUCCCAAACAGCACUGAGUACGAUGAUCUCAAGGCCUGAAUACUUGGAUAGCAUAAUGAUAGUAAUCAAAACAUUGAAGCCGGCUAUAAUGGUUGUCAGUGAACUAGAAGCAAAUCACAAUUCCUCAUCAUUUGCAAAGCGAUUCACGGAAGCUCUUUUCUAUCACAGCGCAUAUUUUGAUUGCUUUGAAGCUUGCAUGGGACGAGACAGCGAGAAUAGAAAGGUGAUGGAAGGAGUUUAUUUUAGAGAUGGGAUUCGGAACAUGGUCUCAACCGAUGGAGAGGAACGAACUAGUAGAACCGUUAAAAUUGAGGUUUGGAGAGCCUUCUUUGCAAGGUUUGGGAUGGUGGAAAUCGAUCUAAGCGAAUCUUCAUUGCAUCAAGCUAGAUUAGUGGCUGAACUGUUUGAUUGUAAGAGUGCUUGUACUCUUGAGAAGAAUGGGAAUAGCCUACUACUUGGGUGGAAGGGAACCCCGCUCCACUCUGUGUCCGCCUGGAAGUUUUCCUAG